AUGCCGCGCCUGCACAGAGCUGUCACAGAGCCCGGGCCGGGCGCUGCCAUCCCCGUGGAUGGCAAGGGCAAGACCGGGACCCCGAGCAAGAGGGAGCUCAUCCGCGGCAUGCGCCUGUCCAACGUUGCCUGCGGCACCUGCCACGACAGCGGCGGCGCCCACGCCAACCAGUGCGUCGGCCUGGGCAUGUUGGUUGACUACAUCAACGCCCCGACCACGCACGAUGGCAUGAAGGACAUCUCGGACGUGCACGCGCCCAUCAUCGCCUCGGAUCUGUGGCCAGAGAUGCGCUCCUCGAAGCAGCAGGACCUGCGCGACACCUCGGUCUACACCCUGUACUCGGACUGCGUGAUCCAUGGGAUCUGGCUGGCCCUUACCGACAGGCUACAGUCUGCCAGCCCCAAGACCGAAGACCAGGCCAAGGUGACAACUCGCCGACAGCCAGCAGCACGGCCCAGCGGCCCACGGCACAUGAGCUGCGUCUGCGCGCUCGCCAAGAUCGGCGCGGUGAAAUUCCACAGACGCUCACGAACAUGGUUGCGCUUCUAG